AUGUCGUCGAGAGACUGUUAUGAUGAUCGUCAUCGAAGUUCUCCAAAAAGAGAAUCAUUACAUAAGAAGAGUUCACAGCAUAGUAAAAAAGCAUCGGUCUUGUGUUCCCAAUGCGGUGGAAAAGUAGACGAAAAUAGUCCUGAACAGACAGCAUUUAAACAGGCGCUUGAGAUCAAUUAUCCAUAUGCCAUGUCAAUUGAAGACUUUGUAUUUAAAACGAAAGAACUGUUGAUACCAUAUGGUUUUCUUCCCAAUGUGAAUACAAUGUGUCUUCUUAGUCUGUGUCGUGAUGAAAUAACAAGUCCGUUCAAAAGUGUUAUCGAGUCGAUAUACGGUGCAAGUUUCUCAUGUGGUUCGUUGGGUGGAAUGCUGCUUUGUGGGAGAACAGGUUUCGCCGCUGCGCAUCAUCAUGUACCGGCCGAUGGUGCCAAUCUCAUUUAUUAUUGUUUCACCCACAUAGGAAUCAACAGCAAAGGUCAAGUUGGGUCAGUGUUAAGAAGUAAGACAGCUAUGAAAGAAGAAUCAACUGCUUGCGGUGCUCUAGUCGCGUUCAACACUGAGUUAAAGAAGGGUCUUCUUUCACCAGUUCAGAUCGAUGAAGAUGAUCUUGAAAUGAGCAUGCUGAAAAAACAGAUAUUAAAAGCGGUUCCAACGUUAUCGACAAAUUCAACUCUGUGGGAUGUGACAAAUGCUGCAUAUUUAGCUAUAACAAUUGAGUUGGAGAAUCAUGUUAUUCAAGAUUCAAAACAUCAUAAUAAACGCCGCUAUGCUUUGUUUACCGGUAUCCAAAUACACGGUCCAAAAGGUCACGAUUUCGCAUGGAUUGGAAAAUCAAGUCUAAUUCACAAUGGAAUUUUAAAAAACUUUCCUCUUUCAUGA